CACGCCGUCGACGUAUAUAGUAUCAAAACACCUCGCUCAUCAUGUUCGAAGCCCGCCUCGUGCAGGGCUCCCUCCUGAAGAAGGUCCUCGAGUCCAUCAAGGACCUCGUCACGGACGCCAACUUCGACUGCUCGCAGAACGGGUUCGCGCUCCAGGCGAUGGACUCCUCGCACGUCUCGCUCGUCGCGCUGCUCCUCAGGAACGACGGGUUCGAGCACUACCGAUGCGACCGCCCGAUGACGAUGGGGAUGAACCUCACGAACAUGUCCAAGAUGUUGAAGUGCGCGGGCAACGACGACAUCAUCACGAUGAAGGCGGACGACGCCGGCGACGUCGUGACGUUCAUGUUCGAGUCCCCGGAGCAAGAUAAGAUCUCCGACUUCGAGCUCAAGCUCAUGGACAUCGACAGCGAGCACCUCGGCAUCCCGGACACGGAGUACGCGGCGACGGUGAAGAUGCCGUCGGCGGAGUUUCAACGCAUCUGCCGCGACCUCUCCUCCAUCGGCGACACCGUGACCAUCUCCGUGUCCAAGGACGGCGUGAAGUUCUCCACGACCGGCGACAUCGGCCAGGCGAACAUCACGUGCCGCCAGAACACGUCCGUGGACAAGGAGGAGCAGACCGUGAUCGAGCUCCAGGAGCCGGUGACGCUCACGUUCGCGUUGAGGUACCUCAACUCGUUCACCAAGGCGACGCCGCUCGCGCCGACGGUGCAGCUGCAGAUGUCCAAGGAGCUUCCCGUCGUCGUGCAGUACCUCAUCGCGGACAUGGGGUACGUGCGCUACUACCUCGCGCCGAAGAUCGAGGACGAGGAGACCGCGGGCGAGGCGUAAGUAAAGGACGAGGAGGGAGGGCGGACGGACGGAGGGACGACGACGACGACGACGACGACUCGGAGGAGGGCACGCGGGGGAGAGGACGAGACGAGAGGAAAGGCGAGGCGCAGGCGUCUCUCUCCCGGUUUUGUCGGUUCGCUCUUUAGGACUCUUAGCCUGGGCGUUUAGCUACGGACGGCGGCGAGCGGUAUGGGAUGGGGUGUGCGGUGAAGCGACGAUCACGCGAGCGUAUGAAAUAUGAUAUCGAAGUGUGAUCACUC